AUGAGUCGUACCAGAGGCGGCAGGGCAACCCCUGAGAUAAAUACGUCAAGGCUACAAGCCAUCCUCCUGAUCUCAGUCAAAGAUGCGACAUCUGAAGUAUCGAUCUCCGCAUCAGACUCUGAUCAACCUUUUCUGAUCACUUUCUCUAUACGCCAAAAAUGGAGCGCCAAUCCUACUCAACCCCUCACCAUUAGCACAUGGCGUACUCCUCUCGACACUAGCCCCGAGUUAAAAUUCGGUGGUGGAAGCGUGCGGAGGCAUCUCCGCAUGCUCUCGAUCACUGAGCCUCGCCGGAGCCUCUCAGUAGGACCACUACCUAGGCACCUCCGCAUUCACUGGGCGGAUCCAUAUCCGGCGGACAACUGGCGUGACCUUAUGGGCUUCGUCACUAUCCCGUCAUAUGCUAGUGGUGAAGAGCUAUUAGUGACCCGCACGCUCGAGCGUGAGGACUUAUUCUCUAAGACGUGGGCGGGUACUUACAACAUCCCACGGCCAGGCGAAGAGUUCGAGCUAGGCUUGGACUCGGAUUUUUAUGUUGAAUGGUGGAAUUGGGGUGAUCUGGAGGGCGACCUGAAAGACAAGAAGUUCGUGGUCCUGCCUAACCCGAAAUACAGCGACAGAGAUGAUCCUCCUCCUCCUGAUCCAUAUCUGUUACCGUAUGCCUGCUGGGAUGAUUUUGAGGAUGAUGAGGGCAGGGAGAUGAUCUAUUUGCAAAUUGACCAGUCGGAGGAAACAAAGCGCGUCAAAUUUGUUGAUUGA